CCGGGUACGGUAGCAUGGCCAUAAAAAAUGGAACAACUGAAGAUUCAAGAACCAAUGAAGCCGCCACAUCAAGGAGUCUCGAGGUGGUGGCGGCAGGGAGCCCCGCCGUAAAUGAGAAGCAGGACUCCAACAAGAGCAAGGGAGAUGAGAAAGUGAACACGGUUCCAUUCCACAAGCUGUUCUCAUUUGCGGAUUCUACUGAUAUACUAUUGAUGGUUGUUGGGUCGAUAGGCGCAGUCGGGAAUGGCCUUUCUCUGCCCCUUAUGACCCAAUUGUUCGGAGAGCUGAUCGAUACGUUCGGCAACAACCAGGGUGACAGCGAUGUUGCAGAUCUUGUGUCCAAGAUAGCUCUGAAGUUUGUCUACCUGGCACUCGGGUGUGGAGCAGCAGCCUUUCUUCUGGUGUCUUGCUGGAUGGUCACCGGCGAGCGACAGGCUGCGAGAAUAAGGGGCCUGUAUUUGCAAACUAUAUUGAGACAAGAUGUCGCCUUCUUUGACAAAGAGACUAACACCGGAGAGGUCGUCGGGAGAAUGUCGGGCGACACAAUCCUCAUCCAGAAUGCCAUGGGUGAAAAGGUGGGGAAGUUCAUACAGCUUGCGUCGACAUUUGUCGGAGGUUUCGUGAUAGCAUUUACCAAGGGGUGGCUAUUGACCCUGGUCAUGCUAAUCAUGAUUCCUCUGCUAGUGAUUGCGGGUGGAGUUAGGUCCCUCAUCAUUUCAAAGGAGGCAUCUCGCGGGCAAAGUGCGUAUGCGAAGGCAGCAAAUGUUGUUGAACGGACUAUUGGUUCAAUCGGAAUGGUUGCAUCGUUUACCGGAGAGAAGCGAGCCAUUGCAAAUUACAGCAAAUCCCUUGUGGAUGCAUACAGAUCAGGUGUCCAUGAAGGUCUGGCGACUGGAUUAGGUCUUGGAUCAGUCAUGCUAAUCACCUUUGGCGGUUAUGCUUUGGCAAUAUGGUACGGCGCGAAGUUGAUAUUAGACAAGGGAUAUAAUGGGGGCACAGUGAUUAAUGUGAUCAUGGCAGUCUUGACUGGUUCUAUGUCUCUUGGGCAAGCUUCUCCAUGCGUGAGUGCAUUUGCUGAUGGUCAAGCUGCUGCAUAUAAGAUGUUCGAGAUCAUCCACAGGAAGCCGGAGAUUGAUUCUUUUGAUACCAAGGGAAAGAAACUAGACGACAUUCAUGGAGAUAUAGAGUUGAGGGAUGUUUAUUUCAGUUACCCAGCCAGGCCCAAUGAACAAAUAUUCAAUGGGUUCUCUCUUAGCAUCCCGAGGGGUACAACUGCCGCUUUGGUGGGUCAAAGUGGAAGCGGGAAGUCCACAGUGAUCAGUCUGAUAGAGAGGUUCUACGAUCCACAAGCCGGUGAAGUACUUAUUGAUGGGAUCAACCUUAAAGAGUUUCAGCUCAAAUGGAUCAGGAGCAAAAUCGGGCUUGUCAGCCAGGAGCCCGUGCUAUUCAUGUGCAGCAUCAAGGACAAUAUUGAAUAUGGAAAGGAAGGCGCCACACUUGAAGGGAUCAAAGCUGCUGCAGAACUUGCGAAUGCUGCCAAGUUCAUAGACAAGUUGCCGCAGGGCUUGGACACUAUGAUUGGUGAACAUGGGACUCAGUUUUCUGGUGGGCAGAAGCAAAGAGUAGCCAUAGCAAGAGCGAUUCUUAAAGAUCCUCGUAUUUUGCUCCUGGAUGAAGCCACAAGUGCACUUGACGUGGAAUCUGAGAGGAUAGUCCAAGAGGCCUUGGACAGGAUUAUGGGCAACCGGACAACUGUCAUUGUUGCCCACCGUAUGAGCACUGUUAGGAAUGCAGAUAUGAUCGCUGUUAUUCAUCGCGGAAAAAUGGUGGAGAAAGGUUCACACUCUGAACUGCUCAAAGAUCCAGAUGGUGCAUAUGCUCAACUAACACGCUUGCAGGAAGUGAGCAGAGAAUCUGAACAAGCGCUAGAUGCCCAAAACAGGUCAGAGAUCACUGAAUAUAACAGACAAUCCAGUCAGAGGAUGUCGUACGAACAAUCCAUUAGUCAGGGAUCACCUAUAGGAAAUAGCAGCAAUGACCAAAACAGGUCAGAGAUCACUGAAUAUAACAGACAGUCCAGUCAAAGGAUGUUCUACAAACAAUCCAUUAGGCGGGGAAAUAGCAGCAGCCACUCGCUCUCAGUCUCCUUUGGGACCGUGGCUGGACCACAAUCCCCUGCUCCUCCUGGGAGCACAGAAAAACCGCCAAAGGUCUCACUAUGCCGGCUUGCUCGUCUCAACAAACCAGAAGUUCCUGUCUUGCUAUUUGGAACUGUCGCUGCAGUUGCUAAUGGCUUGAUAUUUCCGAUUUUCGGCAUACUUAUAUCCAGUGUUAUCAAGACAUUCUAUGAACCACCGCAUGAACUUAGAAAGGAUUCUGAGUUUUGGGCAUUGAUGUUUCUGGUCCUUGGCAUUGCAUCAUUCGUGGCAUAUUCGGCUCCAGCAUACUUAUUCUCUGUCGCUGGCUGUAAGUUAAUCGAGAGAAUCAGACUAAUGUGUUUCGAAAAGUUGGUCCACAUGGAGGUUGGCUGGUUUGAUGAACCUGAUCACUCAAGCGGUGCCAUUGGGGCAAGGCUCUCGGCAGAUGCUGCAUUAGUGCGAGCCCUCGUUGGAGAUGCGUUAGUUCAGAUUGUUCAGAACAUUGCGUCGGCAGUUGCUGGUUUGGUCAUUGCUUUUGCUGCAAGCUGGCAACUAGCGCUGAUCAUCCUCAUCUUAAUCCCUCUAGUUGGUGUCAAUGGAUAUGUUCAAGUGAAGUUCAUGAGAGGAUUCAGUGCAGAUGCAAAGAUGAUGUACGAGGAAGCAAGCCAAGUAGCUAUUGACGCGGUUGGAAGUAUAAGGACCGUUGCUUCUUUCUGUGCCGAAGAGAAGAUGAUGCUUCUUUACAAGAAGAAAUGUGAAGGCCCCAGGAGGACAGGGAUUCGACAAGGACUGAUCAGCGGAAUUGGGUUCGGCAUGUCCAUCUUCCUGCUGUUCUGUGUGUAUGCAACAAGUUUCUAUGCAGGAGCUCGACUAGUUCAGAACGGCAAAACAACGUUUUCGGAUGUCUUCAGGGUUUUUUUCGCUCUGACCAUGGCAGCCAGUGCAAUUUCACAAUCAAGUUCCUUCACUUCCGAUUCCACCAAAGCGAAAGGGGCUGUUGCUUCCAUUUUCGCAAUAAUAGACCGCAAAUCCAAGAUAGACCCAAGUGAUGAGUCGGGGACAAAAUUAGACAAUGUGAAGGGAGAGAUUGAGCUUCGCCAUGUCAGCUUCAAAUAUCCCUCUAGGCCAGACAUUCAAAUAUUCCGUGAUCUCAGCCUGGCCAUUCACUCUGGAAAGACUGUUGCUUUGGUCGGAGAAAGCGGGAGUGGAAAAUCGACAGUGAUAGCGUUGCUGCAGCGCUUUUAUGAUCCUGAUUCCGGUCACAUUAUGCUCGACAGAGUGGAUAUUCAGCAGCUGCAACUCAAGUGGUUGAGGCAGCAAAUGGGUCUGGUCAGCCAAGAACCGGUUUUAUUCAACGAGACAAUUCGUGCCAACAUAGCUUAUGGAAAGGAUGGAGAUGCGACCGAGCAAGAAAUACUCGCCGCAUCAGAACUGGCAAACGCCCACAAGUUCGUUAGUGGACUGCAACAGGGAUAUGCUACUAUGGUUGGUGAAAGAGGGGUCCAGUUGUCAGGCGGUCAGAAGCAACGAGUGGCUAUUGCUCGCGCUUUAGUUAAAAGUCCUAAAAAUUUUCUGCUUGACGAGGCUACGAGUGCACUGGAUGCAGAAUCUGAGAAGGUGGUUCAAGACGCGUUGGACCGCGUCAUGGUGAACCAAACUACACUCGUGGUGGCUCAUAGGUUGUCCACAAUCAAGAACGCGGACGUGAUCGCGGUAAUUAAAGACGGAGUCAUCGUCGAGAAAGGAAGGCACGAAACUUUGAUCAACAUUAAGGAUGGUCUCUAUGCAUCCUUAGUUGCCCUACACACCGGUAGCAGUCCCACGUAGCUCAUUAGUCUUGAGUUUGUUGAAACUCUUAUACAAUUUGAUGUCAGAAAUGGA